AUGAUGCGCUCCGGGUACCGCUCUGGUCAUCAGAGUGUAUCUGUGAGCGCAGGUUGCGCCACGAGGGAGCGCGGAGUUGCUUGGAGUGGCUUAGCCCUUCAAGUGGCGCUGGAAGACCCUGUCAAAUCUGGGGUGGGCAACGCACGUGUUUGUGUUCCCGGUGCUUCCAAUGAGCAGCCCGAGAAAGGCGGAGUGGAGGAUGUGCCCGCGAAGGGCGGCGAGGACGGACUUAAGGUUCUUAAGAAGAUAUGUCGGAGGGCCCGACAAUUUAGAGUUACUGAUCAAGUUUACUUUGAUGUUAAACGUGAAAAUGUAUUUUUAGGCCGCAUUGUAAUUGGUCUAUUUGGAGAUUUGGCACCCAGAGCAGUGAAGAACUUUAAGGUCUUAGCUACUAAAGGUAUUAAUGGAAAGUCAUAUAAAGGUACCAGCUUUAACCGCAUAAUCAAACGAUUUAUGAUUCAAGGAGGCGAUGUGGUGUCAGAUGAUGGCAAAGGAUCUAUCAGUAUUUAUGGCGAGACUUUUGAGGACGAGAAUUUAGACACGCAGCAUGCUAUAGCAGGUUUCGUUUCGAUGGCAAAUAAAGGAAGAAACACAAAUGGCUGUCAGUUUAUUAUAACAGUAAAAGGUACUCCAUGGCUAGAUGGCUUGCAUACAGUUGUAGGAAAGGUAGUGGAAGGUCAGAAAUUCGUACACAUGAUAGAACAGACACCAACUGACGUCGACGAUCGUCCCGAGGUACACGUGUACAUAGCCGACUGUGGGCUCCUACCCACGCAACCGUUUUAUGUUUCCGACGACUAUUACGAUCUCUGGGGGUGGAUCAAAGCGUCUGCCCUCCCGUUGUCGAUGUCGUUCUCUAUUUUGGGAUUUUUUCACUGGAUGAUCAAGCAGAUGCAUAUUUAAUAUAACUUAUAGAUAUUUUGAUAGGUUGUGGUACUUAUUGUUAAUCACGACGUGUUGUGCGCGUGAAAUCGAUGGGAACUAUAAAGUGGAAAUUCAAAAGCAUCCUGGUUAAUUUAAUAAAAUACCUAAACGGGUUUUCACUUGAUGCGUGCUCAGCAAACAAAUUGUUUUCAAUCUCUGUAAUGUGUCGAUAGUAGGAUAUUUUACAACAUGUUUUCAUUUUCAAAAAAUAUUUAUUAAAGUAUAUUUUACAAA